CAAAUGUCUUCAGUGCUGGGCUGAGUUGAAGUCUGAACUUGCAAUAUACCAUGGAAUCCAGAAGAUCAGAGUGCAAAGAGCCUGCUGUGGAUCUCCUCGGAAACAGGGAUGUGGAAUUUGUACAUACUGGAUAUGGAAAGGAUAUGGUCAAAGUUCUCCACAUCCAACGUGAUGGCAAAUACCACACCAUUAAGGAAGUGGCAGCGUCGGUCCAGCUUACUUUGAGGACCAAGAAAGAUUACCUCUUUGGAGACAACUCUGACAUUAUCCCCACAGACACUAUCAAGAACACUGUCCAUGUUCUGGCAAAAUUCAAAGGGAUCAAAACCAUAGAGACCUUUGCCAUGGAUAUUUGCGAGCACUUCCUUUCUUCAUUUAACCAUGUUACUCGAGUCAAAGUCUAUAUUGAACAGGCUCCCUGGAAACGUUUGGAAAAGAAUGGAAAGGAGCACGUCCAUGCAUUUAUCAACACUCCCACUGGAACCCACUUCUGUGAAGUUGAGCAGUAUCCAAAUGGACCCCCAACCAUUCACUCUGGCAUCAAGGACAUGAAGGUUUUGAAAACAACCCAGUCUGGAUUUGAAGGCUUCAUCAAGGACCAGUUCACGACCCUUCCUGAAGUGAAGGACCGGUGCUUUGCCACCCAAGUUUACUGCAAGUGGCGUUACAAUCGGUUCCGGAAUGUGGACUUCCAAACAGUGUGGAAUGGUGUUCGGGAUAUUGUCUUGGAGAAAUUUGCUGGGCCAUGUGACAAAGGAGAGUAUUCCCCUUCAGUUCAGAAGACCCUCUAUGACAUUCAAGUGUCGUCCCUGAGCCAAACUCCAGAGAUAGAAGACAUGGAAAUCAGCCUCCCGAACAUUCACUACUUCACCAUCGACAUGUCCAAAAUGGGGCUGAUCAACAAAGAUGAGGUUCUGCUCCCUACUGACAACCCAUAUGGCAAAAUUACUGGCACGGUCAAAAGGAAACCAUCUUCAAAGUUGUAACUCAUUUUCACCAGUCAUCGAAAGCCAUCCCUCUGCUGAAGACAUGUCAGAUUGUUGUAGUAGUAUUGAGUGUCACAACAAAAAGCUUUGCUUGUUAAGUGCCAGGUUAAUUUAUAGGGUGUAUUUUCUUCCCUGAUUCAAUCAUUUCUCUCUACUGGACUUACCUCACCGAGAUGUUCUAUGGAUGAACUCAUCAGUGGCUGUGACAUGCUUUGCAAAAACAGAAUGUUCUAUGAAAGCAAUGAUAAUUAACCAUAGACCAACUUUCCCUUUGGGUCAGCUUGUGCUUUCUCUGAUUCCUGAAGCAUUCAAAUAGAAUCAUUAAGAAACUAAUAAUAAAUUAUAAAGAUGCAAAAAUCAAUUAAUUAGACUCUGAGUUAGGGAGAAAAAUAUCCAAUAAUGUUUUUGUGCAUGUGAUGGCAAAUUUCUCUUAUGGAUGACGCAGAUAGUUUAAUGAUAGAAUCACAGCAAAAAUUCAUUACCAGGGUAACUUCAAUUAGUGUCUGAGUACCGCAAAUCUGUAAGCACAAUGGAGUCCAGGGAGUCCUGGGAGCUCAUAUGCCUAUUUUAAUGACAUAUUUGUGAUUCUAUGCCUUGACAAUAUGUUGGGUUUUAAUUUUUUGCAGUCUAUAAAUAAUGAUAAUCACAUAAAGGGUCAGGAGGGAAUAUUCAGAUUGUUUCUCCUUUAAUCAUUGAAUCACUAUGUACAAAAGAGCUACACUUAAUAAACACUGAUUAUUUCA